AUGGGAGGGGAUGAAGGUCACAAAGGCAAGGAGGCGGAGGUCGCGAUAUAUAAAGUGCCCCUCGGUCCCGUCGCGGCUACCUUGGGGCACCUAUCGCUAAACAGUACGGUACCAAACUUCUUUGGCGUCCGCCUGCUGCCGGCCAUCGUUGACUACGCCCACCGCUUCUUCACCUCGCGCUCCACUUUUCCAUUCAACCGCACGGCGAUGGCUUGUUGGCAGCAAGGAAAGCCAAUUGACAGUAGUGAACAGGUCCUUGACGUGCUCGUCGCGCCCCGCUAUCUAUCGCACGCCUAA